ACUCAGCAAGAGGGUUUUCUAAAAACCGUUGCUGUCAUCAUGUCCAUCAUCGGAUCCAUCUUGGGUAUUGUAUUCGUAUCUCGAAUUCUCCUGUGGCGAAUCCUUGUUCCGGAAGAAAAAGCUGUCACAACUGUACCUGAAACUGGAGAACCAUGUGUGAACGAAAUGCACCUGGGUAUUAUUUUUGUUGUGUUGCUUUUGUCUACCCUGAUAAGCGAGAUUGUUGGGCAGCAUUAUUAUCUAGGACCUAUAGUUUUUGGAUUGUCUUUACCAGAUUCAUCACCUCUAGGUACUGCAGUUGUGUCAAAGUUGGAUACCUUUGUUUCUGGGCUGCUUUAUCCUACAUUCCUAGCCAUCAGUGGAUUGAAGACUGACAUUUUUAGUGUCAGUUUCCAGUUAGCAUGGAAGACAGCAGUAAUAGUUUUCAUUGGAGUAGUAGCUAGGUUUGUGGCAGUGAUGGUACCAGCAAUGCAAGGUAAAAUACCAUUUCAGGAGGCUUUUGUUCUUGGCCUCGUGAUGAACACCAGAGGCAUCACUGAGCUAAUCAUUUACAAUUUGUUCUUAGAAGAUGAGAAAAUGUCGAGUCAGGACUUCACUUUGCUGGUAAUUUCCUCAGCGUUGGUGACUGCAAUCAUAAGCCCACUAGUAAAACUCUUGUAUGAUCCUUCAAGUAGAUACGCUACAGGGAGGAGAAUGACCAUCCAAAAUCACAACAAAGAUGGAGAGCUGAGAAUGGUGCUGUGUGUGCAUCAACACAACAAUGUCCCUACCUUAGUAAACAUUUUAGAAGCUUCAAAUGCUUCGGAGCAGAACCCUAUAGCAGUAAUAGUCAUCGUCCUAGUGGAAGUAGUUGGUAAGUCUGCGGCUAUGCUCUUAGCGUAUAGGCCUCAACGAAGCCUUGAGCCAAGCAGCUCGAGUAAUAACCACAUUACCAAUGCUUUCCAGCAAUAUGAAAGGCAAAAUGAAGGGAAAGCCUCCGUACAGGUGUAUACCAAUAUGUCCCAUUUCGAUGCCAUGCAUGACGAUAUACGGAGGGUGGCAGCUAAUAAGAGAGCUAAUUUCAUAAUCUUGCCAUUCCAUAAGCAAUGGGCUAUAGAUGGAACAGUGGGGGCAGUGAACCAGCCCAUUCGGGAGAUGAACCUGAAGCUACUAGAGUGCAUUCCAUGCUCACUUGGAAUUCUUAUUGAUCGUGGUCCAUCAAACAAUUCCUCUUCAUCUCUCAACAGCAAGUCGGUCUACCAAGUUGCCGUGCUCUUUGUUGGAGGAGCAGAUGAUACAGAAGCACUUGCCUACGGAACAAGAAUGGUCAAGCACCAGAGAGUAGUAGUCACAGUCACCCGAUUCCUUCUCUUGGGUCAAGAUAAUAAAGGAAGAAAGCACGAAAGUGAAACCAUUGAAGAGUUUAGAAAGUCUAAUUCUGGAAAUGCGCGAUUUUUAUAUCAGGAAGUAUCGGUAACAGAUAGUACUGGAUUGACUGAAUAUAUAAGAAAUAUGGAUAACUAUGAUUUAAUAAUUGUCGGAAGAAGUCAUCCCAACUCACCUCUUUUACUAGGACUCCACGAGUGGAGUGAAUGUCCAGAGUUAGGUGUCAUCGCCGACUUAUUAGCCUCCCCUGAUGGUGAGACAACAUCAUCUGUAUUGGUUAUACAACAACAAAAGAUGACUGCAACAACUAACAAACUUAUCAACCAACAAUCAACCAGAAAUCUAUUUAUACAUGACGAACAAUACUCUGAACGAUCAUCCAUUGAUAGACUAAGUGUACAUUCUAGUCCGUCGGUGGCCAUAUCAAUAGAUAUUGACAAAAUAAGAUGAUGAGCAGUUAGUAUAAACUCAAUUAGCCAAUUAGAAAAAAAAAAAAAAAAAGUCCUAGAAUUUUCAAUUUCUAGGUUGAAGUAGCAUAGGAUGACAAUCCAAGAGUCUAGG